AGGGGGAGGGAUAAGAAAGGUGAGAUUCUGGCCAGACUCAUUCUGCACAGUGAAAGAGAGUGAGAGGGAGGAACAAUCUAGGGGGUUCUUGAUUUGUGUAACUGCUAGUUCAGCACUGUUAGCCGCUUUAGGCGUCUCUGCUUUGAUGUGCUGAACGGUUUUGACCAUGCUGUUUGCUUUGCCUCAGCUCGCUCUGUGUCUGUCUGUAGUGCUGUUAAAUGGUGUUUCAAUCCGGGCAAACACACACACGGUUCUGGAUCCAGGGUUUCUUCAAUGUAAGGACAGCUUUUUCAGAGGAACACCUCCAGCAUCACUGUCUGAUUUGGGUUUGGAGCAGAGGUGUCACAGACAGCUGACCGGACGGCCUUUUGCAUCGGUCUUUAACAUCGGCUGCCAGAGCACUGUCUAUACAGCUCUUCAUCUCAGCCCGGCUAAUGGAUGGGGCAGAGGAGAGCAGGACACGCAGGAUGAGCCGAUCAGUGAAGAUUCCCAUGUGGCCAUUCCAGCACUCUACGCAGAAACUCCAUCUUCCCCGAGUUCUUCCCUCCUGAAAUGGGAUGCUGUGACAGCAGGUCUGAUACGAAGCUCAAUCAUGCCAACGUGUUCAAAGACAAGCGGGGAAAUGUAUGUGCAGAAUGGUGUGGGAAGGUUAGAUGAAUGUGCGAGUGAAGUGUUAUGGUCAGCAGUUUGUUGUGCGGUUUCAGAUGGUGAGGGUAGUUUUAGUGUUGGGUUAGUGAAGGAUGGAGAAAUGAGGGUGGUGAGCAUUAAGGCAUUAGAGGAGUUGAUAGGAGUUACAGGCCUGUUUUCAGGAGGCUGUGGUAAAGAAGAAGAUCAGAGAGAAGACUUCAUGUCACUUAUUAAAGAGGAGAUGAUUGGAGUCAAAACACCCAGCUCUGAUGCGCAAAGUGAGAAUGCGCAAAUCGAAAACGCUCCUGAAACAACAUCAGACUCAGACAAUGAGGAAGUGACAUCACAGCGUGUCUUCAGUGACGACCAAAGUUUCACAUCCUCCCUGGAUUUGGAAAAGGACCUUCAGGAUAGCACCAAUGAGACCUCAGAGUCUGUUACACUUAAAGUCUUGUCUAUCACUAUCUCACUCCUUUGCACCCCUUUCUCUCCGAUCGUAAACAGAGUCAUUAACUUUCCCUCCCAGGUUGCAUACGUCCUACAAGAAGAUCUGGCAGUCCUCGCCUCGGUGCCUGGGGACAGUGUAACCUUGGUUAACAACCUGUGCACAGGUGUGUCAUCUGGGGUUUCAUGUGUUUUUAACACCUUAUAUGACACUGGGGAAGUAACUACGUGUAUUCUCUACUCAUGUAUCAGUCCGCUGGUCAGCAGCCUGUUCCUGGUGGUCCAGGAGGGAUUCGUAGGCAUGGGUACACUGGUGGGGUAUGCCCUGGGUUUUCUGAUGAGCACAGUGGGCAAUGGUAUCACCAUCUGCUGGAUGCUGCUUGGGUCAGUUUUGGAUCAAAUGGUAGAUUACCUGUAUCUUGUAUCCUCAGAAAUGGGCAUACAGGUGUCAACAGUGGGCUCUGGGAUAGGAAAACUAACCUGGAGGAGUGGAAAGGGUGUGGUCAACCUGCUCAGAAUAGCUAUGAAUAUUGUAUGGGGGGUGGCGGAGAAUACAAUAGAGAAUGUGCAAGAAACGUUCAAAGAGAGCUGGGGGGGAUCAACUAUAAUGGAGUCACCCGAAGUGCCACCACCUGUAGUACCACCUCCUGAAUAGAUUUGUAUGUGUGUAUGCCAGUGAUUAAUGUAUUUUUUGUUGCAUAUUACACUAUAAAUAGUGUCCUGCAAAAGGCACAUCAAAUAGGACUUUACAGCAUGUGAAUGCGUAUGAAACAAAUGUUACAUUUUGCCACAAAAAGACACCAUAAAAGACCAUGAAAUUUGACACAUUUUUUUUAUUACUUUGUUUUAAGGCAAGGUUUGGGGCUGCAUUGUUAUGAUAUGGAAACGAAUGUGCUUUUGGGGGGAAUUGUAACAAAGUAUUUCAAGGUACUUCAAUAUUUGUGACAUCUAAAAAAAGAUGAUGUAAUUGUUGUGUAAUGUCUGUAGUUUCAUUUUAUGCAAAUGCUAUGCUGUGUCAUAGUUUAUAAGAUGCAAUAAAAUGUCUGAGUUACGCUUUCUGUCAUUUACAGUAUACCAAAAAAACUCUUCAAGGCCAACUUCAAUGUGGAGUGGUCACUAUAGCUGUAUUGACAAUAUAUUUAAGGUACAGUUUGUAAGAAUUUUGCAGAAAAAUAUCCAAAAAAGCCGAUGUAAUAUUUUUUUUUCAGCUGAGUACUUACAAUAUGUCAAAUGAUUCUAAAUGCUUUUAAAUCCUGAGAAAAUCGCCAUUCUGAACAGUGUCGUUUAGUCGCCUGUCAAUGACAUCAUAUCAGCGUUACUGCCAGCGUUACCGCAUUUAGUAACGUAGAAACCACGUGACACUGUCGUAUAUAGACGCGGAAGUAGUUUGUGUUGUCGGUCCGACCAGCAUUAUUGCAAAAUAAGUUCUAAUAAUAACUUUUACUAUGAUUUAUCUGUACACUUAUAACUGCGCAGUAUUAUCACACCAUCGAAUUGGACAAUUACAGUAACAUCUAUGACUAACAAUUUAGUUUUAAACCUUAUAUUACUCGGGUCUAAUUCAUUAUAAUGAAAUAAAAUGAUUUCAUCAAACGCAACAUUUGAACACAGUUGAAGACAACAUCCCAUCAUUCCACGCGUCUACACAGCGUCAUCAAUCUACGCGAUUGCUUUUGUUUUGAUCGUGCGCCCUCUAGCGACGAUUUCUACAAACUGUACCUUUAAUAACCCUGAUGAUUGAUAUUGUGUUAUAUAAUACAUGUAGGUUGUGGUAGUGUACCCAUUUCUUCCUCCCUACAUUAAUAUUUUAAUGUGAUUUAUUGGUCAGAAAGAAAGAGUCAUAAACACAAAAUAAAAAUAAACAGAUUAAAUUGA